UGUGUAUAAUAAACCCAUAUCACACUACCAAACUAGUUGUAUAUGUUGAAUAUAUGUGUGUGUAUAUAUGCAAGUCGACUAAGUGGACAAGUUUGUGUGAGUUUAGUUUCAACCGCUCGAACGUACAUUCUCUUGCUCUUCAGGCUCUUGGCUCUUCAGUCGCUUCUACAGUCUUCACUGCUCUUUACUGUUCGGCUUUUGGAGCAUCCCCUUACUUUUUCUACUGAAAAUCCAUUUAUAUUAUUACAAUCGUCAUGGCAGAAGAAUAUCUUUACGGAAUAACUCUUCAAGGAGCUAAUGCCAGUGAAGUUUGGGAUCCUGAGCAUAAAAACGAUGAUGCAGAUGGAGGUAACCAGCAUUUUGGUGUUGACCAAAAACUUAUCAUCAAAAUGGCUUUAUUGGGACCAGAAGCUAAACCCGGUGAACUUAAUGUUCUUCAAGUCGAAGCAAUGGGAUUAAAAGGAUUAAUAAAAAUACCAAUUGCUUUAUUGGAAAGAGGAAAAACCGAACAAAUUAUUUUGGAUCUUAGUUUUCCUGAUCCACCAGUUACUUUUUCAUUAGUUAAAGGUAGUGGACCUCUUCACAUAGUGGGACACAAUUUGUUGGGAACACACAUGGAAGAAUUUGACGACUUGGAGGAGGAAAUGGACGAGGAAAACAUGGAAGAUGAGGAUGAGGAAAAGGCAUCACAAAAGAAACGAAAGCAAACCGCGGAUGGUAAAAAAAAUGGCACCAAACGCGCCAAGAUGGAUGAAGCAAUAGACAAGUAAAAAGAUACAGAAGUUGAAGAAGACGAAGAUGAUGAGCCCAAGAAGAAGAAUGCCAAAAUGACAGCUGCAGCUAAAACUAAAAAUCAAGCCAACAAAAACAAGAAAAAAUAAAUAUUAAUUUUCCAACAUCAUCUAUUCAUCCCUGUCUCCCGUAAAAUAACAUACAUAUUCAUUAUCACACACUCAACACAUGAUCACACAAUUUUUUUAAGCUAAUAUAUAUUAUUUUUCAUUAAAAUCCAUUUAAUUAAUAAUUA